GUGUCUGAAGUCCAUUUCUGCUGAAUCCAUUUAUACGGAAAUACCUGGUCUAAUCGUCGUUGAUACGCCACAGUUGGUGUCCUGUGCACAAAACAAGCAGCAAGUCAGUUGCCAUUGUCGUGAUAAACGAAAAAGGCCACACACAAUGGAGAUAUCCGAGUCGACUAGAGUGGUCUUUUUUGUAAGCCGUAUGUUCGGGUUGGCACCGUAUGUGGUGAAAAGAACAAGCAAAGGACAAAUUGUGGAUUACAAGCGGAAUCUGGUGCUGGUGAUUUACGGCUUAUGCAUCGUGUUUUGUUUAGCUGGAUUAACGUAUAAAGGAAUAUUCUUUGACAUCAACUCGAAAAAACCCAUACGUUUCGUUUUCAGAAUGAAGACGGCAACAUCAAAAGUGGUUACCACGCUGGACGUUUCAGUUGUUGUUUCCGCCUGCAUAUGCGGGGUCUUUUGUGGCGUUUUCGGACUUCCAUUCGUAAGAGAGCUUAAUCAGCGUCUAAACGAGGCGGACGAUAUGCUUUCGAUGUACUUUGCAGCUGGCAAACAGGACACGGGGAAGCGAAAAGGUCUCACGAUGCUGACCGUGGUGGGUGUCAUCAUAACAGGUGCUCUAGCUCUCGACAUUUGGGUCUGGUAUCGGAUAGCAGAGAAAAUAAAGAAGGAAAAUCAAGACUCAGGUGCCAAUGUCCUGGGAUACUGCCCAUUCUACGCCCUCUAUUACAUCUUGAUGAUGUUCCAUGUGCUAUUCGCGCAGUCAGCACUGGGUAUAAACCGCCGUUUUCAUCGACUCAACUUGACACUCUACCACGUGUUUCCGGAGUUUCACAAAACACCCAUAAUUGAGAUAACGUCGGUGUCAUCGGCCAACAAUGCCCUGGAAAUGCUGGAGAACAUAAUGGAGCCACGGAAAGGUUUAACCUCUGUUUCGCACGGCCGCAAACGAACCACCAUCCCACCCAAUCGGAUCAUCGAGGAUCUGGCCUACAUUCAUGCCUCUUUAUCAACCGGAGUGGUUUUGGUUUCGAACACAUUCGGCGUGGCAUUACUGGCGGUUUUGGGCUCAUGCCUGCUGCAUUUGGUGGCUACCUCUUACUUCUUGAUGGUUGAACUGGUCGGAGAUAAGGAUGCUGUAUUCUCGUGGAUCCAAGCCCUCUGGUUGUUCAUUCACAUUUUUCGCUUCCUGCUCACCGUGGAACCCUGCCACAUCACAAACGUUGAGUCUCGCCGGACGAUGACCAUUGUUUGUAAUUUGAUGAGGACCUGCAAGGAUUCGCUGACAAAGGAACGUUUGGAGAAUUUUUGGCGCCAGCUGGUAGACAAUAAUUCUGUGUUCACAGCAUGCGGUUUGUGCACGAUCGAUAGACAUAUAAUCACGUCGUACUGUGGAGCUAUAGCAACGUAUUUGGUGAUUUUGAUACAAUUUAAAGAGGCUGAUGAUAAACCAAAUCCACACAGAUCCAUGCGGCUGGUGCCUUGAUUAAACUAGUUUUAAUAAAUGUUCAAGUGUUAUAUUAUAUGACAACUAAUUUGGUAAAUAGGUAUCUUGAUAACCGUAGAAACAGGUUUAAGGUUAAGCUGACUAGUCUUUAUUAUAUUUUGAAAGUAAGUUUAUAUUCGAAAAUAUGAUAAUUAUAAAUGCAGAGUUCUAACCAACAAUGCUUCUUUGAAAUAAUAGUAAUAAGAGUAGUAAUAACAAAUAUAUUGAAGAAACAUGAUCAAAGAUCAAUGAACAAUAAAC